GAUGGCCCCUCAAGGGCAGGCCCUGCGGACACCCCUCCCUCCGGCUGGCGGAUGCAGUGCCUAGCGGCUGCUCUUAAGGACGGAACCAACAUGAGUGGGGGAGGGGAGCAGGCCGACAUCCUGCCGGCCAACUACGUGGUCAAAGAUCGCUGGAAGGUGCUGAAAAAGAUCGGGGGCGGGGGCUUUGGUGAGAUCUACGAGGCCAUGGACCUACUGACUAGGGAGAAUGUGGCCCUCAAGGUGGAGUCAGCCCAGCAGCCUAAGCAGGUCCUCAAGAUGGAGGUGGCCGUACUCAAAAAGCUUCAAGGGAAGGACCAUGUGUGCAGGUUCAUUGGCUGUGGCCGGAAUGAGAAAUUUAAUUACGUGGUGAUGCAGCUCCAGGGCCGGAACCUGGCCGACUUGCGUCGCAGCCAGCCACGGGGCACUUUCACGCUGAGUACCACGCUGCGGCUGGGCAAACAGAUCCUGGAGUCCAUUGAGGCUAUCCAUUCGGUGGGCUUCCUGCACCGUGACAUCAAGCCGUCAAACUUUGCCAUGGGCCGGCUGCCCUCCACCUACAGAAAGUGCUACAUGCUGGACUUUGGGCUAGCCCGGCAGUACACCAACACCACGGGGGACGUCCGGCCGCCUCGGAACGUGGCUGGGUUUCGGGGGACUGUUCGCUAUGCCUCAGUCAAUGCCCACAAGAACCGGGAGAUGGGCCGCCACGAUGACCUGUGGUCUCUCUUCUAUAUGCUGGUGGAGUUUGCGGUGGGCCAGCUGCCCUGGAGGAAGAUCAAGGACAAGGAGCAGGUAGGGAUGAUCAAGGAGAAAUACGAGCACCGAAUGCUGCUGAAGCACAUGCCCUCGGAGUUCCAUCUCUUCCUGGACCACAUUGCCAGCCUCGACUACUUCACCAAGCCCGAUUACCAGUUGAUCAUGGCGGUGUUUGAGAACAGCAUGAAGGAGCGGGGCAUUGCUGAGAAUGAGGCCUUUGACUGGGAGAAGGCAGGCACUGAUGCCCUCCUGUCCACGAGCACCUCCACCCCACCCCAACAGAACACCAGGCAGACAGCAGCCAUGUUUGGAGUGGUCAAUGUGACUCCAGUGCCUGGGGACCUGCUCCGGGAGAACACGGAGGAUGUGCUACAGGGCGAGCACCUGAGUGACCAGGAAAAUGCACCCCCAAUCCUGCCUGGGAGGCCUCCUGAUGGACUGGGCCCUGGCCCCCACCUUGUCCCCCACCCUGGGGGUCCUGAGGCUGAAGUAUGGGAGGAGACGGAUGUCAACCGUAACAAGCUGCGCAUCAACAUCGGCAAAACCCCCUGUGUGGAGGAAGAGCAGAGUCGAGGAGUGGGGGUACCUAGUUCCCCAGUUCGUGCCCCCCCAGAUUCCCCAACCACCCCAGUGCGGUCUCUACGCUACCGGAGGGUCAACAGCCCUGAGUCAGAGAGGCUAUCCACAGCAGCUGAUGGGCGGGUGGAGCUCCAUGAGAGAAGGUCACGGAUGGAUUUACCUGGCUCACCCUCACGUCAGGCCUGCUCCUCACAGCCGGCCCAAAUGCUGUCAGUGGACACAGGCCACGCAGACAGGCAGGCCAGUGGGCGCAUGGACGUAUCCGCCUCUGUAGAGCAGGAGGCCCUAAGCAACGCCUUCCGCUCUGUGCCGCUGGCGGAGGAAGAGGACUUUGACAGCAAGGAAUGGGUCAUCAUUGAUAAGGAGACAGAGCUCAAGGACUUCCCUCCCGGGGCUGAACCCAGCACGUCUGGCACCACAGAUGAGGAGCCCGAGGAGCUUCGGCCGCUGCCUGAGGAGGGUGAGGAGAGGCGGCGGCUGGGGACAGAGCCCACGGUGCGGCCCCGUGGACGUGGCAUGCAGACACUAGCUGAGGAGGACCUGCGGCAGAUGCUGCCCCAGCCCGUGCCACCCCAGCUGAGCCAGGCCGACGGCCGGUCAGAGACAUCUCAGCCCCCAACGCCUGGAAGCCCUUCCCACUCACCCCUGCACUCUGGACCCCGCCCUCGUCGGAGAGAGUCGGACCCCACGGGCCCUCAGAGACAGGUGUUCUCUGUGGCGCCCCCGUUUGAGGUGAAUGGCCUCCCACGAGCUGUGCCUCUGAGCUUGCCCUACCAGGACUUCAAGAGAGACCUCUCUGAUUACCGAGAACGGGCACGGCUGCUCAACAGGGUCCGGAGGGUGGGCUUCUCCCACAUGCUGCUCACCACCCCCCAGGUCCCACUGACUCCCUUUCAGCCUCAGGCAAAUGGGAAGGAUGGAGAGGAAGAGGAAGAGGAGGAAGAAGAGGAGGAAGAGGAAGAAGAGGAGGAGGAAGAGGAAGAAGAGGAAGAAGAGGAGGAAGAGGAAGAGGGGGAGGAAGAAGAGGAGGAGGAAGAGGAGGCAGGGGCCCUUGGGGAGGUGCUGGGGCCUCACAGUGGCUCUAGCAGUGAGGGGAGCGAGAGGAGCACUGACCGGAGCCAGGAGGGUGCCCCAUCCACGUUGCUGGCUGAUGACCAGAAGGAGUCCAGGGGUCGGGCCUCCAUGGCUGAUGGGGACUUGGAGCCUGAGGAGGGCUCCAAAACGCUGGUGCUUGUCUCCCCUGGUGACAUGAAGAAGUCGCCAGUCACUGCCGAACUGGCCCCUGACCCAGACCUGGGUACCCUGGCUGCCCUCACCCCUCAGCACGAACGGCCCCAGCCUACCGGAAGCCAGCUGGACGUAUCGGAGCCAGGCACCCUGUCCUCUGUCCUCAAAUCUGAAGCCAAGCCCUCAGGGUCUGGAGCAGGGCUCGGGGUUGGGCCGGGAGCCACGGGGUCUGGGGGUGUGGCAGUCACCUCCUCACCCUUCACCAAAGUUGAGAGGACCUUUGUGCACAUUGCAGAAAAAACCCACCUCAAUGUUAUGUCUUCCAGAGGACAAGCCUCCAGGCCGGAGGAGUUCAGCACUGGGGGAGAGUUGGGUCUGGAGGUCCUCUCUGAGGGGGCCACUGCAGAGGAGAGGGCCCCAGUGCCUCUGGAGAAUGGCAUGGCCCUGUCAGGGCUGGAGACAGCUGAGAUACAGAGUAGUGCCCUGACUGGUCCUCCUGGGGAAAUACCCUCAGAAGUGGUCACAGACUCACUGCCCAAUGGCCCAGCCCUUACUGAUGGGCCUGUCCCAGCAUCCCCACUGGAACCAGUCCCUAAGAAAGGGCCCACCUUCUCCCCCAGCCGCCGUGCUAUGCCAGGCCCUCUCCCCAGGAGCCGUAUUCCUGUCUUGUUGUCAGAAGAAGAUACGGGCUCAGAGCCCUCUGGCUCUCUGUCGGCCAAAGAGCGGUGGAACAAGCGGGCUAGGCCACAGCAGGACCUGGCCCGGUUGGUGAUGGAGAAGAGGCAGGGUCGCCUGUUGCUGCGGCUGGCCUCAGGAGCCUCAUCCUCCUCCAGUGAGGAGCAGCGCCGUGCCUCUGAGACACUCUCAGGCACUGGCUCUGAGGAGGACACGCCUGCCUCAGAGCCCACGGCAGCCUUAUCUAGGAAGGCUCGGGGGACAGGGACCACCAGGAGCCGUAUUCCCCGCCCCAUCAGUAUGCCCAUGCCUGCUGAAGCCCAGCAACCUUCCAGCAGACCGCAUGGUGCAGCCCUAGCCUCUGACUCGGCCAUCACCAGCAGCCCGCUCCAGCUGCAGAAGCCCUCAGGGGUUGCUGACCUCCGUCCCAAGCAGCCAGCCGUCCGGGGCUCCGGCCCAGGUCGAGGCCAAGUCUCCAGGCCGGCAGCGUCCCGCAGUCCCGGCAUCUCCGCCUCCACCGCGCGCCACCCCAGCGGGUCCCCGCGGAGCCAGUCCCUGUCCCGCAAAGAGAGCCCCUCCCCCUCGCACCAAGCCCGGCCUGGGGUUCCUCCUUCCCGGGGGGGCCUUCAGGCCCGAUCUCAGCUUGAGGGUACCCCCUCUACAGGGCCCCCCAAGAAAGGACCCAGAGGGAAACAACUGCAGACUCAGCGCGCAGCAACCAAAGGCCGGGCGGCGGUCUGGGAGGGCCGGCCCGGGACCAGAUAAUGAUGCCCGCGGCUCUCUGCGGCCCCCCACCCUCACCCCGGUCCCCACCCGCAGCCGGCCACACUGGAGCAUCUCCCAGCACAGCCUUACGCGCCCGACGCGCGCCACCGCGGCCCCAGCUUCCCGCCUUCACCGUCCAGGACCCACCAGGCAGCUGACCCGGGAGGGUGCGCAUCCUGGUCCUCUCUCUGCGUUCCUGCCUUCCUCCGGCCACCCCUCUGCGGGGGACAGGCUCACAGCAGACCCUCUGCCCCGGGAAGGCUCAGCCACUCUUCACCGAGGACUCCGCUUCUGGGGAAGUCCCCUUCACCCACCAGGCCUUGGCUGCUCUCUGUGCCCUCUACCCGAGGGGGCUUCCACCUGCUUCCACCUCCUGCGCUGGCCUUGCCCUCUUCCUGACCCUCUCUUCCAGCCAGCCCUCUGACUUCCCCUCCUUUUGGGAGAAACGGCCUCAAACGCCAGAAGUCCAGGCUUCAGCCUCCCAGGAGUCUCCUGGGGGCAAGCCAUGGUGGUCACAGAGGGCCAAGCCAAGAUUGGGGAGGUGGGACCCCAGGGGCUAUUGGUCUACUUCGGCUUGAGGGGACACCUCUGGCUUUGCCAAAGUCAGCUUUGUGAGAGGCAGUGUCAUGUGAUUUUUGGGAAGGGGUCGUUCCCUUGUACCGCUGGGGUACCUAAACCUCUCUCUUGGGUAUGAAUAGGUGGGGCCUCAACACCACAGGAAGUGGGCCCCUGCUUUCCUGGGCAAGUGUUUCCCAGUGCGAAUUUGGAAGGGGGCUUUAAAAAGGUUUCACUCUCUUUGGUCCCCUGGUGGAGUGCUCAGGACCCCUUCCCAUCAGGAAUUCCUUCCUGACAUCUAACCUCAAUUUCAGCUAACACUCCUUUCUCCUGAGUUCCAUGCAGGUGGAGAGUGGUUGGUUGUUAGAGAUUGGGUUCUAGCCCAGGUCACCCUCUGUGUGGUGUGGGCUGUGAGGAGUAGGCUGGACCAGGCAUCGUGUCCCCAAGUGGGCAGAGGGAGCAGGACCAGGCAGACUGGCCCCUGGAGGCAGAAGGGCCCUUCUCACUUCAGAUUGUGUGAACCCAGAUGGUGCCCAUUAUUCCCUCAGCUCACCCUUCAGCCCAAUCCCUUCCGCCCUGAGCCAGCCCUGGCAGCUGAGCUGAGCUGCUCUGUCUUGGACAUGGGACCUCCUCCUGCAUUCUGGCUUCUGCCUAGCUCACCACCUCAUCAGGAACCUCAGCUGCCUACAUCGGGACAAAGCAGCACACUGGCUGCGAAAUGGACAGCCAACCCCACCUAUCUGGGACAGGGAACCCCUGCAACCUCCUCCAUCCUCAGCAUCCACAGCCUUUGCCCCCUGGCCCAGCCCCUGUGCCCUUCCCUGAGCCACAGAGAGCAAGCCAGGACAUCCAGGGGAAGAGGAAGGAAGGCUCUGCACACCAGCGGUCUGGCCACAUUCAUCCUCCAUCAGUUGGAAGGAUGCCCAAAAAGAAGCGGGCCUGGGAACAGCUUAGGAACAGCUGAACCCCUCAUGGAGAGUCAGCAGGCCCAAGAGGCUGCUUCUAUGUCCAUGCAGACCAAUCGGGGAGGAAUCUGGGGUGGAUAAGCCUUCGAGGUUCAUCCCACGCUGAUGCAGAAGCUCCCAGAACACUCAGGAAACCUCUCCAGACACAGCCCUCUCUGUCAACCUGAGGCCCUCCUAAGACCCUCUACUGCCCUCUGGUCCAGCAGAGGCGGUGGAGGGGCAACUCCCUCCCACUUAGAGCUUCUCUGAAUGACAAUCAGCUCAUGCCAGGUGGGGACCAGGGCAUGACCCCUGGGCCUGCUCCUUGCCACCAACCGAACCAUGAAUGUAGGGCCCCUUCCAGCCUCAUCUCUGCUGUAGGAUCAACAACACCCUGGUUUGGAGUUGGGAGGAAGGGGAGGCCUGAGAGAGCCUCAGGCCCAUCCUACCCUCAGCUUCACCCAGAGCUGGAGCUGGCAGAGAUGCAAAACCCAGUCCACUCUUGGGAUUCUAAACCUCGCUAGGGUUCCAACAGACCUCGGGCCUCAAGUCACUGAAUGUCAUCAGACUGGGGGAAAGAGGGAAAGAGGCUAGCAGAGGCAGGUGGCUAGAGGACUCCUCUCCCUAGGAAGGACCCAGGGCUGAGGAAACCACAUGUCCCAGGGCCCUCACCCCCAGCUACAGCCUUCCCAUCCCCUGCACCAGGCCCUCCAGAUCUUUAGUCCUUCCUCUAUGAGAGUGUCAUACCACACCACCUUCCCUCCCUCCCCAUCCUGACCACCUAAUGUCAUUGGUUCAGAUGUGCAGGUGUGCUUACCUUAACACACCUUGUCUCUCCAGGUGCACUACUGCGGGGGGUGGGGGGGGCUGCCCCAGGGCACAUGGGUCUCUGGCUUCCAGCUCCUCACAAAGGCCUAACUUAGUCUUCUCAGCCCCUUGGGCAUGGGGGGUAGGGGGACAGGGAGCUGCCCUCCUCCUUGGGAAGCAACAGAAGAAUGUUUACACGCCAAACAGAAUGUAACACCCCUUCCCCACCCUUCCCAGUCACUGCAUGGCCUCUGCCCGCCCUGCACCAGCCCACUCCUCCCACACCCACACCCUGGAAGCCGCUGUCAUGAUUAGAUUGGGUCUCAGAAGGGAAGUAGCCAUCACACCAUUAAAAAGCCUGUGGACCUUUC